CCCUGAUUCGGGCGCCAUUAAUCUGUACUUCAUUAAUUUGUAUUUUGUGCCCUAACUUUUAUCUUUUAACUUCUCAGCGAAAAGGCUUGGUGCAGCUUGCUAGGUUCUACGUGCAUGGAGUCGGUAAAACUUGAGCACCUGGGGGAUCACGUAAAAUCCAAGCACACCUGCCGAGAAUGCGAGUCUUCGAAACCGACAACUUUUCAAAUCUUGCAAAGCCUUCCAUCACCCAUGGAGAUGACUUGUUUGCUCCGUGGAUACAAAGUUAUAAUUUGGGAGCCAAUUUUCAUCGUCUUUAAAUCUCGCCAGUCCAUUCUUGCCGUAACGAUGAAGCUGUUCAAACCAAAGGAUGGUGUGGACCGUAAUAGGGUAAAAAUUGGAUGGAAAAUUUUGCAGGUUUGUGGAACCGAGGAGCGCCAUUCAGGUCUAAGCUUUUCGGUAGUUCGGUCCCCAUCCGAAGAAAAUCCGGGGACUUUUCAUACCCCAGAAAUAAAAUGGAAAGGGCACAGUGUCGUGCAGGGUUGGAAAUUAACCGAUGAUGAGCCAAACAUCAGCAGCGACAACUGGAUGGAAACACCGCUCUCGUCUUUAAUUCCGGUUGCAAAUCGAAAUAAAACAGCGAUCAACGAGAAAUCCGUGAUUCUACUUUUGAAGGUAAAGUUCCAAAGGGUAGAUGACGUUUAUUCAAAUAUGGAACGCGAACUCCCACUGAUUGCCAGCGAUUAUCGGGACAUAUUGUUAAAAGGCUCUUUUGAGUUUCCAAAAUUUUCACAAGUUUCUUGCGACAUUUGCAAAGCGGUUCCAAUAAAAGGGAGUAGGUUCAAGUGCACAGUUUGCAACAAUUUCGAUUUGUGUGAGUCUUGCGCCAGGAAGGGGUUGCACUCCGAGCAUGACAUGAUUCGAAUGAUGUUUCCUAUACCCACUAAUGGAGAGGAGUAUGCAGAGUACCUGCUGGAAACUAGCGAGAGGGUUGAAUCAGAGGGCGUCGUAUCGCAUCCCUUAGUAUGCGAAACUUGCAACGUUUUCCCAUCCAAAGGGUCAAUUUUUCUCUGCCUCGUGUGCAGCUUGCAUAUCUGUGGAGAUUGUGAAGCGAAUGGAAUUCAUAAUUGGCAUUGGAUGCUCAGGGUGACCCAAGUGUUAAAUGAGGAUCGGAGACAGUAUAUUCAAAAGGCUAGUGUCGCCAUGAGGGAGAUGAUUAAGGAGAGGUUCGAGCCCCCCAAAAUAUUGCAUAUUCUUUGUUCCCUAAAUAGGUAAAGGCGUAACUCCAAAUUGGCAAUGUUCUGUUUGUCGGACCACGUUAAGUAAAUGAAAAAAAAACUGGUUCAGUGUUAAGUUUGAGUUUUGAGUUUUUUGAACCCAUUAAUAUUUUAAGUAGUUUGGAUUGAGUUUUGAGGAUGCACAAAUAUCUUCAUAUGUAUAUUUUGUCGAUCAGGCCUCACGUAAUUUCUAGUAUAAUUCUAUGCAUAUAUGUAGUUUACUUGGAUCUACAUUUGUCUACUUGGUGCAUGCCUUGCAAUUAAUUUAGGAACAUGUAGUUGACUUUGUUCAGUAAACUAAUAAACUAUGUAUAAGUAUGUUUAGAAAAUUGAAUAACUUAAUUUUGAAAUUUACUUAGUACUAUAAUUGGAACACGUGUUGGUUAUCAUUAUAAAUUCACUAUUUUAAACUGACUUGAAUUUCCACCAAGGAAAGGAAAGGAAUCACAAACUUUUGAGAUUUCAUUUAUAUAAAAAUAUGUGAUCGUGAUUAUUGCGUGCAGAUAUUUUUAUCAUAUACAAGAUAAUCUUGAGUCACAAAAGAAUUCGAUGUGUUAACCAGAUCGUAUUGUCAUGAUUAGAAGUGAUGGCUCAUUACUUAGGUUCAUGUAUGCAUGCGAUCAAAUAUUACAUACUGUGUGUCAUUAUUCAUAUGUAUGUAUUCCGGUUACAAUUUGAGACUACGUGCGCCAACAACAAACUUGGUUGCACGGAGCGGUAUUUUCUGUCAGAUGCGAGAGAUCAUAUUGCCACUUGCAAGUUCAGGUGUUUAGGUUCGUGAGAAAUUGUGAUGAAUGAUUUUAUGUUAUGUGUAUUUGUGAUUAUAAAUAAACGAACAAGUUAA